AUGGACCAUAUUGGAUUAAACCAUCUGCCAACAUUCUGUUAUGGAAAUGGAGGUUGGUCUUUGAUUAUAAAGAUAGAUGGCAAUCAGCAAUCGUUUGCUUACAACAGCUUGUUGUGGUCGAACAAGGAAACAUUUCAACCAAAUAACUUGGAUUUGGAUGACAAAGAAACAAAACUGGCUUCGUAUUGGACACUACCAUUUACUGAACUUCGUUUGGGAAUGAAAGUAGAUGGAACGAUCAGAUGGAUCACCUACAGCUAUAUCGCAUCAUCUCUGUACAGUCUUAUUGCUGAUGGACAGUACAGAGGGACGAGUAUCGGUAAGAGUACAUGGAGAAGUUUACUGCCAAGGUCAUCUCUACAGAGAAAUUGCAACAGGGAAGGAUUCAACGUUAGAAGUUACAACUCAUAUUUUGGAUCAAAUGGCGCACGAGCACGUCUAGGGUUUAUUGCUAACGAACAAAACGAUUGUGAGUCUCCAGACUCUUUCGUUGGUUUGGGAACAUCGCGCACGCAUACGUCGGUCAGAAAUAGUGCUGGAAACUUCGCGUGCUGCAUUCCAGACAAUGGCCCUGCAAACAUCAAAGCAGUUGGCUACAUCAUGGCACGUUGAGAUAAAUACAGUUUGUGAACGGCUGUCUAGCGACUAGCUGCUAGCAACAAUAGCGUACAUUUUACAUUUCGUACGUUUGCUCUAGAUGACGUAGACUGGCACGUUGUUUACCCAUUCAUUUAUUAGUAAAACGGAUGCUUCGUGCAAUAUUGUUCUAGCUAUAGGUAGUACGUAGCAGGCAGAAAGCAAAUUUUUCUUUCAGUGACGAAAUAAAAGUAACAAGUA